GCCGCCGCCGGUGCCCGUGCCCGCCCGGCGCUGGCGAAAGCGCUGCCGCCGCCCGACUCCGCCGCUGCCGCCGUUGCUCCCGGGGCGGCUGCGGGUCCCGCUGCGGAGGUGACACCCCUGUCGUUUGCCACCGGUGACGUGGGGACAGCCGUGGAUGUAGGCUGAGCGUCGGGACACGAGGAGGAAGAGGAGGAGGGGAUGUCUUGGGGACAGCGCUGGCACUGCGUGUCCCCAGCAUCAUCCACAACCACCGGCCACCCUUGAGCCGAGGAACCCCGGGGGGGGGUGUCCCGCUGGCUUUUUGGAUCCUGAGCCCUGCCAGCGCCGUGGCGAGGAGGAGGAGGAAGGGCUGAGGAAGACGUGCCGUGUGAUGGAUGGCCCCAGCCUGGUGCGGCAGCCACGAGGGAGCGGGACCGGGCGACUCGGGGACCUCGGGGACCCGUCUGGCAGCACCCGCCUCUGCAGAGCCCCGCAGUGUUUGCUCUGCUGAGCUCCAGAGCCCACGGCCGGCGGGAGACGGGAGAAUCGGAGAGCCCCGCAUCCCUGUGCCAGGCAUGGCGCGGGGCUGAGCCGCCGUCCCCUCAGCAUGGCGCGCCAGGGCGCGGGGGCCAUGCUGGCCUCUGGUGGCCUGGGCUUUCCCCCCCAAAACCUGGCCCGUGUGGUGGUGUGGGAGUGGCUGAACGAGCACGGACGCUGGCGGCCCUACUCGGCCGCUGUCUGCCACCACAUUGAGAAUGUGCUGAAGGAGGACGCCCGCGGCAGCGUGGUGCUGGGCCAGGUCGACGUCCAGCUGGCGCCCUACGUCAUUGACCUCCAGUCCAUGCACCAGUUCCGGCAGGACACGGGAACGAUGCGUCCUGUACGGAGGAACUUCUACGACCCAUCCUCAGCGCCGGGCAAAGGCAUCGUGUGGGAGUGGGAGAACGACAACAACUCCUGGACGCCCUACGACAUGGACAUCUGCAUCACCAUCCAGAACGCCUAUGAGAAGCAGCACCCCUGGCUGGACCUCUCCUCCCUGGGCUUCUGCUACCUCAUCUACUUCAGCAGCAUGUCCCAAAUGAACCGGCAAACCCAACGCAAGCGCCGGCUCCGGCGUCGUAUGGACCUGGCUUAUCCCCUCACCAUGGGCUCCAUCCCCAAGUCGCAGUCGUGGCCGGUGGGCACCAGCACGGGGAUGCCCUGCUCCUGCCCGCAGUGCCUGCUGGUCAACAGCACCCGCGCCGCCUCCAACGCCAUCCUGGCUUCCCAGCGCCGAAAGCUCUACCCGGGUGCCGUCCGCCAGAGCAGCACUUUCGCUGGGACAACGCUAUGGCCAACGGGGACGGCAGCGGUGAUGGGUGGCACGGCCAAGGGUGAAGGGCUGCAGGUGCCCGGCGGGGCGUUUGCCCCCGGCCAGAGCGUGCCCGGUGGGAUGCCACUGCCCGGGCUCAACAACCUCAACCGGCCCGGAACGCAGCGGGCAGCUGGGCUGGGCGCCCGUGCCACCGUCCCCCCGGGGGUUCCAGCCCUGCCGGUGAAGAACCUGAACGGCACCGGCCCUGUCCAUCCCGCCCUUGCAGGGAUGACGGGCAUCCUCAUGUGCGCCGCCGGGCUGCCCGUCUGCCUGACCCGCGCCCCCAAACCCAUCCUGCACCCGCCGCCCGUCAGCAAGAGUGACAUCAAACCCGUGCCCGGGGUCAAUGGCAUCUGCAGGAAAACCAAAAAGAAGCAUCUCAAAAAGAGUAAGGCCCCCGAGGAUGUGGUGCGCCGCUACAUCCAGAAGGUGAAGAACCCCCCGGAUGAGGAUUGCACCAUCUGCAUGGAGCGGCUGGUCACCUCCUCCGGCUACGAGGGUGUCCUCAGCCACAGGGGCAUCAAGCCGGAGCUGGUGGGCAAGCUGGGCAAGUGUGGGCACAUGUACCACCUCCUCUGCCUCCUGGCCAUGUACAACAACGGCAACAAGGACGGCAGCCUGCAGUGCCCCACCUGUAAGGCCAUUUAUGGGGAGAAGACAGGCACGCAGCCCCCCGGGAAGAUGGAAUUUCACCUCAUCCCCCACUCCCUCCCGGGUUACAGUGACUCCAAAACCAUCCGGAUUGUAUAUGACAUCCCCACCGGCAUCCAGGGCCCGGAGCAUCCCAAUCCCGGCAAGAAGUUCACGGCGCGUGGCUUUCCGCGGCACUGCUACCUGCCCGACAAUGAGAAGGGCAGGAAGGUGUUGAAGCUGCUGAUCGUGGCCUGGGACCGGCGGCUCAUUUUCACCAUCGGCACCUCCAACACCACGGGGGAGUCGGACACGGUGGUGUGGAACGAGAUCCACCACAAGACCGAGUUUGGCUCCAACCUGACGGGCCACGGCUACCCCGAUCCCAACUACCUGGACAACGUCCUGGCCGAACUGCUGGCCCAAGGCGUCUCCGAGGCCAACCUGAAGGACUGAGGCAAGGGUGAGGGGCUCCCCACCGCCCCUUUGCCCCUGCGUCCCCUCUGGUGCCACCGCCGCCCGCGCCGCUUCGCUGCUGAUGCCGAAGCCCUGCUGGGUGCCCUUGUCCCCCAUCCCGGGCCACCCAGUGCCACCCACCACGUGUCCCCGUGUGUGUCCCCCCGGUUCACCCUGCUCCCAUGGCGAUAGCAUCGUGGGCUGGUGCUUUUCUUUUUCUACCCGUGGCCUCUUUGCGCGUCAGCUGCCGCCGCCGCGUGCCACCCGCCGCUGCCCCACGGAGCCACG